GCUUUUAAGGAGCGUCAACGACGCGUCUUGUACCUCCCCGCUAAAAACGUACUGUUGGACGCAUCACCGUGGAGAGAGGAGGGAGCAUAUUUACGCUUGGAGAUAGGGCCGAGGAGCUAUUCUACUUCCACCAUGACUGAACGCUUUGACUGCUACUAUUGCCGUGACAACCUGCUUGGGAAGAAGUAUGUGAUGAAGGAUGAGAAGCACGUGUGUACAAAGUGCUUCGAAAAGCUCUGUGCCAACACCUGCGCAGAAUGCCGUCGCCCCAUUGGGGCUGAUGCCAAGGAGCUUAACCAUAAGAACCGUCACUGGCACGAGGACUGCUUCCGCUGUGCCAAGUGCUACAAGCCCCUGGCUAACGAGCCCUUCAGCGCCAGGGACGACGGCAAGAUCAUGUGUGGCAAGUGUGGCUCCCGCGAGGAUGGCAACCGGUGCCAGGCCUGCUACAAGGUGGUCAUGCCAGGCACCCAGAACGUGGAGUAUAAGAACAAGGUGUGGCAUGAGGAGUGCUUCACCUGCUUCGAAUGCAAGCAGCCAAUCGGCUCGCAGAGCUUCCUGAACAAGGGCGAUGACAUAUACUGCUGCCCAUGCCACGAGAAGAAAUUUGCCAAGAAAUGCUUCCACUGCAAGCAGCCCAUCACCUCAGGUGGUAUAAGCUACCAGGACCAGCCAUGGCACUCCGAGUGCUUCGUGUGUCGUACUUGCGGUAAGGGCCUGGCCGGAACCCGCUUCACCUCCCAUGAGGAGCAUGUCUACUGUGUGGACUGCUACAAGACCUCCGUGGCCAAGCAGUGCAACAGCUGCAAGAAUCCCAUCACAGGGUUUGGCCAUGGGACUAACGUGGUGAACUACGAGGGUCACUCCUGGCACGAGUACUGCUUCAAUUGCAAGAAAUGCUCCCUCUCCCUGGCCAACAAGCGCUUUGUCAUCAACGGAGAGGACAUCUACUGCCCUGACUGUGCUAAGAAGCUGUGAGCACAGCCAGCAAUAGGGCCAAAUAAGUGACCUGUCUCAUUCAUGUUGGGGGCAGAACAUAAACAGGAUAAGCCAACUAACUCAAAUUAAGUGCCAAUCAAGGGGUUAAAACUACAGAGAGAAAGCAUGUAUUAGGUUAAUCACCUGAAUGAAUUCUAACAGCAGUUGAAUAUGAAUCUUGUUCCACUGUUUUCUGUUAUUGUUGAGAACUAACACACCAAGUGGUUUGCUUUUUUUGGGCAUGCAAUAUAAUACUAAAAAGCUUGGGUCAAAUUCAGAACUCUUCAUAGUCAUUAGGGAAUGCCCUUUUCAGUGGCUUACUGAAACAGUCAUUUGAAAAUACUAAUAUGGUAAUUACAUGUUACCUGCUUCUUGAAUCAUAUACUAGCUAAGUAAUCGGUCAUGGUAUCUCUAAAGUGAUGUUUGAAAAGUUGAUAUAUAUAUAUAUACACACACACACACACACACACAACUGUUCAAAAGUUUGGGGUCACUUAGAAAUGUC